AUGGAUAAUAAUAAUUCAACUUCGGCUCCUCUCGCAGAUUACUUUUGGAUCGCGGGGAUUGAUUCUCUACAAUAUGGGCCCGAGGUUUUCCCUUCGAAUCCAAGAGAUAGAUCAAGCAACAUCAUACAAGCGCCUCCCUCUCCGCAAGUCGAUGCUACAAUAGAAGAAAGUCCCGAAGGUGAAAACUCUCCUCCUCCAAAUAACAAUCGAGCUUCUGCACGACAUUCCCGCAAUAGCUCAUGGAAUCGUCUCAGCAAACAAUCCUCGCACGAAUCGCGAAGCUCAAUAUCCACUCUCGAUGAGCUUGAAGGAACUGCGAGUAAUCGAAGUAGUAUGACCAUUAAAGCUGGUGAAAUUGGUCACAUUAAUGGCAACGGAAACAGCACCGGCAAUGGCAAUGCAAAUGGCACUGCACAUGGCACAAAGACCGAGGGCGGAGGAAUAUUUGGAAACUUCGACUUCGAUACGGCGCUACUGAAGUUUGCGAGUGAGCGGGAGAAUUUCCUGGAUGACUUGAGUUUUAGUGCUGGGGCAACACAACCUGCGCCUCCCAUGACAAAUCCGAGAGCUUCGAGAUUAAGAGUGGAAGAUGCAGAAAAUAUACAUAGGAGGAGUCCGACUUUAAGGAGCGUGGGUGGAAGUAUAAGGAGAAGAAUUAGUUUCAGAGAUCUGAAUAGUGUAAAGAGACAGCCUUCCAUGGCUGGUAGAAGUAUGUCAGUUCGCACUUCGAGGCGCCUUAGCAAUUACAAUUCCGUCAUCCCGCCCCCAGAGCCCCUAAAUCUGGAUCCUGACAUGCACCCUUUAAAACGACGUUUUGAACCCGUUUUACUCGAUAGAUACCCACCUAAACACGCGACGGAGGAAUUACCGAGGAGAGGUAAAUUUCCCGAUUAUGUCCCUAUGUUUGCAUUUCCAAAUGAUAUCAAUAUUGUUUCUUCGGACGAACGACCGCGAUCAACCUGGCAUGGAUUUGCUAUGACCUCAGAUGACAAUUCCAAAAUAUAUGGAAUUACUGUAAUUGUCUGGAAGCCAUUGGAUCAAGAAGCGGCCGGAAAUGUGGAACGAAGAUGUGAGGCUUGGAGACAAAGCCAUAUGACAAACGAGGAACGAGAACUUGCUGCAAGUCUGGGAGAACGACUGGCUGCAGAACGUGCACACCUUUCACAGUUGCUAGCAAAAUUGCCCAGUGUUGUAUCUGGCUCAGCCGCUAGAGAACAGUUGGAGGAACAGAUUAGCGCAGUGGAGGAAAAAAUCACUUUGAUGACUGAUAUGUUGAGGCCCGUCAGACACGGCGCAGCAGCUAAAAUUGAAGGAUUGACUGAUGGCGAGACGGGGCUUUGGAUACCCAGGGCAUAUGGAAUCCUUGGCAGAGAUGGAAGUAUGACAAGCUUCUGGAAGGAAUGGCUGAAGGCUGUUGUGGUACCAAUGACGGAUGGUGGAAUCCUCCGAGUUCCUGCAAGUUCGCCAAAAAUCGGUAGAUGGCAACCCCUGGAGAGAUAUGUCGUCAACCUGUGUACCGAAGCACUGAGCCCGAUAUCUUCGAAAACUCAAAUUGAAAUUGCAGUGCGAGAACUACGACUCUUUGCGCGAAAAGAAGCACCAAAUGAAUUGCCAGAUUCACGAAAUACGGAUAUUUAUGCACUAUUCAGGGCUCUGAGUAUACCCAAUAUUGUUGCUCUGGUGGAAUUUAUGUUGUCGGAAUCUAGGAUCAUUUUACUGUCAUCCCACACAGCUAUGUUACAUCUUGCUAGUAAAGCUUUGGUCAGUCUCCUGUACCCACUCAAAUGGGCAAGCAUCUUUAUUCCAGUUCUGCCAGCUAGAUUGAUUUCUGCGCUGGAAGCACCUUGUCCUUAUAUUGUUGGAAUUGAAAGGAGAUAUGAUAAUAUAGAGCUUCCGGAGGAUGAUUAUGUUUUCGUGGAUUUGGAUCAAGAUACCGUUGAGUCGACUGCUCCACCGGUUUCACUACCACGACAACAGCGUCGAAAGCUUGUGUCCCUCUUGCAGCUGGCAGCUCCUCAUCACAAUAGAUGCGGUGUGGAGGUAGCACCGCCACCUUAUGCUGUUGAAACCUUUCCUUACGAUGCAUUUUCGUCGGAGAACGAAUCAGUCUUCACACAGAAUGCACCACCUGGGACUUUGGGUAAGUACGUUAGUCAGAACUCGACAACAUUCGGAGAACCAGAUCCACAAAAGAUGAAGAGACCUUUGGUUUUCAAUGCAUUCUUGCAGUCGAAGAAUGACCACACUCGUGUUGAGCGUCCAUCGACUAGCGUGUCAAGUAAAACCAGUCCACCAACAUCUUUAUCACCUGUAUCUGGUCACUGUCCACCAAUGCCUACAACUCCUAUCUCUCGAAACGAUUCUGGGUUUGCUCUGACGGCUACUUUAAGAGAGAAGAGAUCUGGUCACUUCGAUACAAACUCGAGACGUAGUUCCUCAUUUGGUCUAGAGCGACAGCCGACACUUCGUAGACCCAGUGCACCAUUUGUCAAUGGUCAUUCAGCUAGUCUUUCCACUUCUGCUGUUUCCAUUGGCGAUAGCAACUCUAGUUAUGGUUAUGCACCAUCUGCUUAUGCACCAUCCGCCUAUGCGGCCUCAACUAUCGCUGCUUCAACAAUCAUGCCUAACAUGCUCAUGCAACCAGUUCUUAAUACGGAGACAACAAUAUGGGUAGAAGGACAUUGCUUUGUUUAUAAUGCCAACGACAUGGGAUCUGUGUGCUCCAUAUGUGAUGAGAGGGCAGAGGACGAUGGCAUGUACACAUGUAAUGCUUGUAACACGGUAUCACAUGGCCGUUGUUUAGGUUGGUGUUCACUUGUCUGUCCAGCCGCCUUCCAUGCAGAUCGUGUACGUGCCGCUUUCGUUCGAUGUUUCGCGAAUUUGUUCUACACCUACAGAAAACAUCUUGGUCGGCCAUCGAAAGAACAAAAGUCAUCUGGACAAUUGUAUGGUUUUGAUUUAGCUGCAUUCAAAAAGAGUCUCCCAAGUGAUCAACAAGAAUAUAUUGUAAUGUUGGAGCAGACACAAGCAUUCAAUGAAUUCAUUCAUGAACGGGAAACUAAGCAAUCAAACGAUCGGGAUAUUCAGUUAUUCGACUCGAUCAUUCAAGCGAAGAAGUCUAGAGGACGCGCAGCAUUCUUCUCUUCGAAAGCUUCACUUCGACCCAGUUUCCUCGAGGAUACAUCAGAUCACUUAUGGCGCUCCGCAUUAGUUCCAGUACCUAGAGAUGCUAAAUUUCCUGGUGAUUACAAGACGAUUGUCUCUAGAAUUCCAGCACAAUUGGAUAUUGGAUUGAUGAAAGAGCCACGCAGUGUUGCAGGAGUGCCACGUAUGGACAUGCCAGGAAAAAGGGUAGGCCGUAAAGCAGUUCCGAGCAUGCUUGGUGGAAGAGGAAUUUGA